GUCGUUUUCUUAUUCGUCUAUGCGAGAUACUUCGACCGUUUCUACCUGAAUAACUCCUUUACGGCGCGGUAGGAAGGACGAAAACACGCGAUGUCGACGCACAUCCCAGAUAGAACCGGUUCAAAGCGCAGCCGGUCUCGGUCGCCGCCGCCGUGGCGCCAUCCGCAGAAGCUUCCCCGCAGAAACGAUGAAAGAGAUCACCAGUCGCGCAGCUAUGGGAACCGAGGAGGAGGCCGGGGUACCAACAUGAGAGAACAGUCUCGAUUGAAUCAACUCCAGGAAGAUGAGCGGAUGCGAGAAUGGGUUGCGCAGGAGGAUACUUUCGUCCUCAAGCAGGCGAAGAAGAAGGCAGAGAUUCGAGUGAAAGAGGGACGCGCAAAACCCAUCGACUGGCUCACUGUCACGUUGCGCGUUAUAGAUCCGACGAGAGAUCCUUUGGAUGACGAGAUUGCGGAUUCAGAGCUUGAUUUGGUUCACCCCGAUGGUGUGUUUGAGGGUCUGUCACAGACUCAACUUGGAGACCUGGAGAAAGAUAUCGAUACCUUUUUGAACCUGGAGACAAACCCGAAGAAUAGGGAUUUCUGGAAGACAAUGAAGAUCGUUUGUCGAGAUCGCCAGAAAACCUCCGCUCCUGAAGGCCGCGCUCUUAACUCUGUCGCUGCCGAUAUCAACAAGCUUCUUAGUCCAAAGUCAUACGAGCAAUUGGAAGUGCUGGAAACCCAGGUGCGGCGGAAGCUCGACUCAAAUGAACCAAUCGAUACCGAUUAUUGGGAGGAACUCCUGCGUAGCUUGACGGUGUGGAAGGCGAGAGCAAAAAUAAAGAAGGUCUACCAGGCAGUCAUAUCAGGUCGUGUUCGUGCACUGCGUCAGCAGCAAAGAGAGGAAGCUGAGUCUGUCCGCACAAAGUUGGCCCCACUGGCUCCUGUCAUUAGGACCGAUGCUGCUGCAAUGACCAAUGUGGAUGAGGAGAACAUGGAUCUUGACCCUGAGCCAUUGUUGCAACUGCUACCAGAGGAUAAGGCUCUCGGAAUUUUGGACGAGGAUGCUUUCCUUGAUCAAGUGGCCCGUGAUCGCGAGCGGAUAUUGAAGAUGGGAUUCGUCCCGCUCCGUCAAAGACUGUCAGAGAAGAGUUCUAACCAGGUAGUGACUCAAGCAAAGCAAACACCAGUUGCUGCUGUAUCUACUCGUUUCUCUGCGAUCCCGAACGACGACUUCUCCCAGGCAACCAAAGCUCUUUAUGAAAGGGAAGUGGCUCGAGGGGUCAGCGAGAAUGAAGAAAUCUUCACAGGGGAGGAGGCCGUCAGCACACUCUCGCUUCCAAAGUGGGCGAAUAAAUACCGUCCUCGGAAACCCAGGUACUUCAACCGCGUGCAGAUGGGCUACGAAUGGAACAAGUACAACCAGACUCACUACGAUCAUGACAAUCCUCCUCCGAAGGUCGUUCAGGGUUAUAAGUUCAACAUAUUCUACCCCGACCUUAUCGAUAAGACCAAGGCCCCAACUUAUCGCAUAGAGCGUGAACACGGCAGGAAGCGCGGGCAGUCCUUUGUCCCUGCCGGGGAAGAGGAUACUUGUUUGAUUCGUUUCAUUGCCGGGCCGCCGUACGAAGAUAUCGCCUUCCGAAUCGUGGACAAAGAAUGGGAUUAUAGCGCCAAGAGAGAACGUGGCUUUAAGAGCAGUUUCGAUAAGGUAUGUACCACCAGAAGAAUGUUGUUUGAGAGCAUUAACUAAUGUUGCCUUCGUCCAGGGAAUCCUGCAACUGCAUUUCCAGUUCAAGAAGGCAAGUUUCCUAGUCUAUUUGAUGCCAUUCACCAAGCUAAUAUUUGUCUCAACAGAUCUACUACCGUAAAUGAGCA